AUGCUCUUGCCCAAAGUCGCGUUCGUGAUGGAUCUUGACAGCCAGCAAGACAAGUUCGCAAUUCACGCGGCUUGUCGAGAAGGACAGACACAGAAAGUCGAGUCCCUCCUCAACGCCGACAAGAAGCUGGCAACUCGGAAAGACGACGAUGAGCGACUACCAAUACACUGGGCUGUCUCGCACAAUCGCCUUCCCAUUGUCCAGCUACUAUCCGAGCUGAAGAGCUUCGAUGUCGACGCCAAAGAUGGCGCGGGGUGGACGAGCUUGAUGAUGGCGGCAAGCCUCAAGGAUGCCGAUGAUGUGGUUGACCUCUUGCUUGCCAAAGGCGCCCAUCCUGAUGAAAAGACGAACAAUGGGCAGACUGCACUGCACUUUACUGCAUCCAAGUCAAACCUCGAUACAGCGCGCAAACUGUUUGCGCACAAGGCGUCAGCGAGAGUCAAGGACAGGAGACAGCAAUUGCCGCUGCAUCGCGCGGCUGCCGUGGGAGAUGUGCCGAUGGUCAAGCUGCUGUUGGAGCACAGAAGCGCGCUGAACGCGACAGACAUGGACGGCAGCACUGCACUGCACCACGCAAUCGCAGAAGGACAUGGUGAUACAGCGCUCGCAUUGCUAAAGGCCGGGGCCGAGUCGGACAAGGUCGAUGGCUCAGGAAAGCUCGCCAUACAGCUGGCACCGGAUGCGAAGGUUCGCAAUUACAUACUGCGCUCGGCAGAGGAAGAAGGCAUCGAGCUGGCCACGAACGCAUAG